CUCGUAAAAAAGUUCUGUAGUUGUUUAUGGUAUCUACUUGACAAUCAAUCAUGGCGAGCACGUCGAGGAUUGAGGCGAAUAAGGUGGUGUGCUAUGCGCACCCAGAUGCACCGCUCAUCGAGGAUUACAGGGCCGGGGACAUGAUAUGCUCGGAAUGCGGGCUGGUAGUCGGCGACAGAGUCAUAGAUGUGGGUUCAGAAUGGCGUACAUUCAGCAACGAGAAGUCCGGCGUAGACCCAUCUCGUGUUGGUGGACCGGAAAAUCCUCUCCUCUCCGGCGGAGACUUAUCCACCAUCAUCGGACCAGGUCGAGGGGAUGCCUCGUUUGACAGUUUCGGAGUAUCAAAGUACCAGAACAGGAGAAACAUUAGCAGCACAGACAGGGCACUGAUUAAUGCAUUCAGGGAAAUCAGUACUAUGGCAGACAGGAUUAAUUUACCGAAAACUAUUGUGGACAGAGCCAACAAUCUCUUUAAACAGGUGCACGAUGGUAAAAACUUGAAGGGCCGAGCGAAUGACGCGAUAGCCUCUGCUUGCCUCUACAUUGCGUGCCGUCAAGAAGGGGUACCACGUACCUUCAAAGAAAUCUGUGCCGUCAGCAAAAUCAGUAAGAAGGAGAUUGGCAGGUGCUUCAAACUCAUCCUCAAGGCUCUGGAAACUUCUGUGGAGCUCAUCACUACAGCAGACUUCAUGUCUCGUUUCUGCUCAAACUUGGGACUGCCCAACUCGGUACAGAGGGCUGCUACACAUAUUGCAAGAAAAGCGGGAGAGCUGGAUAUUGUGUCUGGACGCAGUCCCAUUUCGGUGGCUGCUGCUGCUAUUUACAUGGCUUCACAGGCAUCAGAAGACAAACGCAGCCAGAAAGAAAUUGGUGACAUCGCCGGCGUUGCUGAUGUCACAAUCCGUCAAGCUUACAAGCUGAUGUACCCAUUCGCAGCCAAGUUGUUCCCCGAGGACUUCAAGUUCUCAACACCCAUAGAAUUCCUCCCACAAAUGUAAUAGGUACGUUAUAUCCUGUUAGAUAUAAGAAGGUUAUACAAGUGAAUUUGACAGGUCAGGCACACUGACUAUGGUUGAAAAAAAAAAAUUGCGCGGGAAAAUCCUUGACGUGAUAUUUUGUCCUAUUUUUUUUUGUUGGUUUAUUGAGUUGUUUGGUUGUAUUGUUGGUAAAAUAAAUCAAAGUAGGAAUAAAUAGCGCUAUUCAGACAGCCAUUUGUUCAUGUAGACAAAUGGUAAAUUACACUAUCAAAACUUCAAACCAGUAGGGUAACCCCAAUGGUUACCUUAGGUUGAGUUAUUCAGCAUUAGUAACACUAAUUUACCCGUAAAAUGAGCCUACUUUAUGCAUAUUCAUUACCCAUAUUAUCUGUCUAUAUUAUUAAGCUCUUAUGUUUGUGAUCAUAUCAUUUGAAAAAACUGUGUAUUUAUAUUCAUUAGCUGAUCAUAUACUUACUAAGAUUUAUUGAAAAAAAGAAAUACAGUGUUUAACAAAAAUAAGUGACAAACAGUUAACAGAGUUGACUUGCUGCAAGCAAAGGUGUAUGCGAUAACAAUAUCUAAAAAAAAAACAUUUAUUAUUAUUACACAUUUCAUAGAUUCAUAAAUGCAUAUUAAUAGUAUUGAAGAAUAGGACUAACAGGACUGUAAUUUAGAGGUGAUGAAGAUUGAUAAGAAAAAGACAAAAAAUGGCGGAUGAUUGUGAGUUUGCGAAGUUUUUAAAGACUUAUCAGCAAAAAUAAUAUCACUAAAAAUCGGUUUAUUUAGUAGUAGAGAUGUUUCGUAAAUUAUAAGGCGAGAAACAAAAACUAAAAAAAAGUAUAAUCGCAGUUUAUCGUAACGCCAUAAUCUACUGAGAGCUUUUGUAAAAUAAAUUAUUUAAUAUUCAUUAAUUUGCAAAUAAAACAGGAGACAUAUUAAUGUAGACUGACACUUGUUAAAAAUAUCUAAAUUAGCACAAUUCAUUAACAUUUUCAAAGUUGAAUUUUUCCUUUUUUGUAUGAAUAAGUAGUUUUUGUAAGUGUUGGAAAAAAAUAUGUUGUGAUGGCUUGUUAUGUGAUUUCUAAGUAUCAUUUCUACGUAGGUGACAGUUGUGUAUUUAUAAUUUAUAUUAUCUGCAUAGCUUGUAGGUCAUUAGUUCGAUAAACUAUCUUAUAUUUUUUCUUGUAGAACCACCUUAGAUUUAUAUUUGGGCAAACAAUAACGAUACUAUGGGAAUAUAUUAAAGCUGAUUAUUUAAUUUGUUGUCAGAUAUCAUCAUAAAAGAAUUGACUGCUAUGCAAUGAGCAUUGUGAAUGUGAUUUGACCAAUCCUUUAUUACAAUGAUUUUUUAAGGUGUCGUACAUACUUCAAGUUUAAUUAAAACUCUUACUUAAUUUAUAUAGUUAAAGUUUGCCCAAAACGUUCUAUAAAAUACUUAAAGUAUUGUACCUGAGCAUUGAUUGCUCUUUAUUCUUAUCCUGGCACUAUCAUUUAUGCAAAAUAUACUCGAUUCUUAUCGGAAUAGAGUUCAUUUUAUACUGGUAUAGAAAUCAAAGUAUUUGAACAAAUAUGUAUGCAAAAGGAGCCACCAUUAUCGUUUAAGGAAAUCAUAAUUAUACUGCAAGUAUUUUGAAUUAAUUGGCGAUGCUUAAGCCCACUACACUAGUUAUAGAUAAAGUGUCAGUUAGUUAUCUGAUAGUUAAUGCUAUCUGCCAGAUAAACGCUGAUUACUACUUCUGCCAGAUAUUGCUAUUCAGGACUUGUGAAACCCAAAGUUAUUGUCUUGGUAUUGAUCAGAGACUUUGUCAAUAACCCGUGAAACUGGCCGUAUGACUGUAACCAGUAAAAUGUUCUAUAUUACAGAGCUUAUAACUGGAUUUCUGCAUAUUCUUUUCUAUCUAGUUGUCCCCAAAUAAUUCAAAAUACUGUUAGUAUUAGAACACGAGGUCUAAACAAACAAUAACAGAAGAUUAAGACUAAAUUAAUUUCAUGUCUACCUAGGUUAGUUAUUGAGUUAUAUGCAUUUUUGGAAUAACAAUAUAAAUUAUAUUUUGUAAGAGUUACUAUGUGAUGCCCGUACCGAGUGUAAUGUUACUAAUCGACCAUAUUUUAGAUAGAAAAGUUGAUAUAAAUAUACAUAUUCAUAUUGCCUUAAUGUUGUACUUUAGAAAAUUUAUCACUACUGAAAUAUAGGGCCAAUAUAAUCAUACUGUCACAAAAAAGUUCCGUUUGUUUUUUUAUCUGGCAACUAUUAUACAUAUAAAUGUUGUUUGUGGAUUAAAAGGCUCGUAUUUAUCGUAUCAUAUGAGGAUAUAUUUUAUACAUAUACAAUGCCACAUCUCCGAAAUAUUUAUAUAAUUUUAAAGGACUUUUUGUGUAGUAAUAUGAUCUCUUUCUUCUUAAUUUGAAUCUUUUGGUCUCGUAGUGUUGCCAGUUCCACAUGAUAGCCGACUGUAACUUUUUGUAAAGAUGUAUCGUUAAUUUUGAAUGUAUGUGUAAUGUAACUAGCCUUAAUUUAGUAAUUAUGAAUAACGCCACAAAAUAAAUGUAUACUAAGUGAAA